CCAUCCAUUCUUUUUCUAAGCCGCGUUAUCUUCUGGGUCGCGAAGGGUGCUGGAACCUAUCCCAGCGUUCACUGGGCGGAAGGCAGGAAACACCCUGAACAGGUCGCCAGUCCAUCGCCGGGCACCCACCAAUCAGAAUCGUGCAACUACAUGCACUUGCCUCAAAUCGCAUGUUAUUAGGUAUUCUGAAAUAGACUUGCUUGUGGUUUCUGAAACUGUAUGGUAAUACUGUUAUCCAUAAAAAUAAACGGUGCGCACGUUUGUCUAUUUGUAUAGAUAGCAAUAUACCAUACAGUGUCAGAAACCACAUAAACAGGUCUGUUUGGGACCGUGUAAUUCAACGUAGCUUAAGGCAAGUAUGUGGCUGUGAGUUAAGGGGGAGCAUGUGUCAGUUUUGCAGACUAGAUGAAUGGCAGAUUACGAGCAGCAGUACUGCACUGUGGACUUCGGUGACACAGGUUAAAUCUGCCGCAGGAGUGGAAUAUUUGCGUGCAGGGUGACGGGCGGAAGUGGCGGCUCUUGUAAUAGUAGGAUCAGCUGGUACAACAGUCAAAGUUUUGUUGGCGACCGGCGGAAGCUGUAGACUUAGAUGUAAGAUAUUUGUGAGGGUGUUUCUAAGCAAUGCAAACUUUUCUGUGGCCAAAAUUACAAACCCUUUGGCAAAUUUUCUAGUUUGUCAAGUUUUUUAGUCAAAAAUGAUUAUAUGGUUUUUCGAAGACUUUUAUUUUGACAGAGUUUGAGUCACUACAGUGGGCAAGUGUUGCACGAAUCACAAAGCCCUGCUGAGCAUGUAGGAGCUGAUGUGUACGGAUAUGCUAUAUCGCGGAAAACUUUUGUAUGUUCGGUUUGCUGAGUUAGCCCCUAUGCGUCUUUACACUCUCACCAGAAGGCAUUUUGCUCUGGUAUUUGCGAUUUUCUUGAUGUGCUUUGUGCUCACUGUCCUCAUCGGCGUAACAGGACCAAAAGUCAUCACAGAGAAUUCUUACAAUGCCUUAAGUACUGGCAAUGAAUCUAAGACGGGACCCUUUCACAUAAAAUCUCCACCACUGUCCAAUUAUAACCAGCAGUUAUGGCUCCUGUGUGUUAUACAGAUGACGCAAAACAACGAAGACUUCAUAAAGAAUUUUCAGAUGAAUGUAGAAUUGAAAGGCGUGAUGCAGGACGCCAGCAUUAUGCGCAUCAGUGAUAAUGUGCAUCGGAAAUCACGUUUUCUGCAUUGUGCGCAGCCCCACCAGCUGUGUGAUGAGUUCAUCGUUGUGCACCUGGGCUACUUGAACUACACACAGUAUCAAAUCAACGUCAGUCUGAAAGGCCUGGAGGGAAAGUCACAAAACAUUCAAAAUGUUACAUUUGUGAUCAAGACUUACAACCCCAAAUUCUCCCAGGUGGAGAUCUGGUUCCGAUUUGUAUUUGUUGUUUUGACCUUCGUAGUAACGUGUAUGUUUGCCCAUUCCCUGAGGAAAUUCUCAAUGAGGGAUUGGGGAAUAGAGCAGAAGUGGAUGUCUAUUCUUUUGCCUUUGCUUUUGCUGUAUAAUGAUCCAUUCUUUCCAUUGUCAUUCCUGACAAAUAGCUGGUUUCCUGGAACACUGGACACUUUUUUCCAAGCUCUGUUCUUGUGUGCUCUUCUGCUGUUCUGGCUCUGUGUAUACCAUGGCAUCAGAGUACAGGGGGAGAGGAGGUUUUUGACGUUCUACUUGCCCAAGUUGGUGAUUGUGGGGCUGCUGUGGAUCUCUGCUGUCACCCUAGGCAUAUGGCAACUGAUAAAUGAACUGCAGGAUCCCACAUAUCAAUAUAACAUGGACAUGAAGCACUUUCAGGGCAUGAAAAUAUUCUUCCUUUUGGUGGUGGUCCUGUAUGUUCUGUAUCUGGUGUUUCUGCUUGUGAGAGCAUGGUCAGAGCUGAAGAACAUGCCCUACUCAGAUUUGCGGCUGAAGUUUCUGACAUCUUUGACAUUUCUGGUAUUGAUAAUUAGUACUGUCAUCCUUUACCUGCGAUUUGGAUCAAAGGCUCUAAAAGACAACUUUGUUGCAGAAUUGUCUACCCACUAUCAGAAUUCAGCUGAAUUUUUGUCCUUCUAUGGCCUUCUCAAUUUUUACCUCUACACAUUAGCAUUCAUCUACUCACCCUCCAGAAAUACUUUGUAUGAUUCCCAGAUGAAAGAUAAUCCUGCUUUUUCGAUGUUGAACGACUCAGAUGAUGAAGUGAUUUAUGGGAGCGACUAUGAAGUGAUGCCUCUUCAAAAUGGCCGUGCUAUUAAAACCACUUCCAAGUACCAAGAUGAGACUGACAGUGACUAACAUGACUGGACAGUCAUGACUUGUCAAUUCCAAUCAAUUUGGAAAGCGUGGACAGAGUAAAAGGCUGAA